AUGUUAUUCUUAGUUCAAGUAUUCUCUUCAUUACUUAGAAUUACACUUCACAAGUUUCAAAGUGUUCGUCGCCAAGAAACCGAUGCCAGGAACCUGAACAAUCGACCUCUUAGAAUUAUUCACCCUAUUUCCGGUCAGACGAACACAUAUAUUGACGCAUCAUAUUAUGGGGAGAUUGGUAUCGGAACACCGCCGGCAACUUUUCUUGUGCUAUUUGACACCGGGUCAUCUUAUUUAUGGGUGCCGUCAGCAAUGUGUCCAGAAUCGAAUAUGGCAUGUGCAUUUCAUAAUUCGUAUGAUAACCUGAAGUCUAGCACGUAUACAGCAACAAGAGAAUCUUUCAACAUUACAUAUGGUUCGGGUUCUGUUUCUGGCGUUAUUAGUCGGGACACGAUUGUAAUCGGAGAUGUACGAAUAGAGAACCAACUUUUUGGCGAGACCACUGCCUGGCCGGACACUUCAAUUGUUCUCGCCAGAUUUGAUGGGAUUUUAGGAUUGGGGUAUCCUAACUUGCAAACUCGAUCCAUUCUACCAGUAUUCGACAACAUGCUUGCCCAACACUUGAUUAGUGAACCAGUCUUUUCAGUUUACGUGCGUGGGGAUGGAAAUAAAGGAGAGCUAAUCCUUGGUGGUUCGGACCAGCAUCACUACUCGGGAGAGUUCACAUAUUUACCUGUCACCAUCAAAGGUUACUGGCAGUUUACAAUGGACAGCAUUCAUGUCUAUGAUAAACCAUCACAGUAUUGCUUAGAUGGUUGUCAGGCUGUUGUAGAUACCGGUACAUCAGUCAUAGCGGGCCCAAUGGAGGACAUAGAAACACUGAACACGGAGAUUGGUGCAGUGCAAUAUGAAAACAAUCAAUUUGUGAUAAAUUGUCACCUUGUCGACUCACUGCCUGACAUUAGUUUUGUAUUGGGCGGUAAACUAUUCGCAUUGGAACCACGUGACUACAUUGAACAAGACAACACUGGAGACUCUGAAAUCUGCCUGAGUAAUCUUGUUGGACAUGGAAAUGGAAUAGGUCCUAUUUGGAUCUUAGGAGCUGUGUUUACCCGCAAAUAUUACGUGGAGUUUGACAGGGGAAAAGACAGAGUUGGGUUUGCCAACAUAAAAUCAGAAUAA